CAAAUACGUAAGCGGAACUUCGGUUGUAAACAAAUACGUAGACGCGAAAUGUUUUUGUCUGAACCAAACAUGCAUAAACAUAGAGAAAACUCAUAAUUUUCCGCACAUGUCAGGUUGCACAAGACUGGAAUUAUUGAAUGAAGUGCCAUCUAGUUGGACAUUAUUUGGUGCUCCAGGCACAAAGAAACGAUUAGAGCAAUUAUGUCUCGGAAACAGACAGCGAAACCUGUGAAGAGCAAUAAAAAGGGUGAACUGGAACGCAAGAGGGAUGAACGAGCAGCUCGUCGUGCCAUUGCAAAAGAUCGGAAGAAUCGCCCUCAGGAUAACGAUGACGGUGCAGAGUAUGUCAGCUUCUCCAAACAGCUCCAGGCACUUGGGCUAAAGCUGAGAGAAGUCCCAGGAGACGGGAACUGCCUGUUCAGAGCGCUCGGUGACCAGUUAGAGGGGCAUUCGCGGGGUCAUCUGCGGCUUCGCCAAGAGACCGUCCAGUACAUGAUGUCCCAUCGACAAGACUUUGAGCCUUUCGUUGAAGAUGAUGUUCCUUUUCCACAGCACCUGUCCAAUCUCGCCCAGUCUGGUACCUUUGCUGGCAAUGACGCUAUCGUAGCUUUUGCUCGCAGUCAGCAAGUGAAAGUGGUCAUUCAUCAGCUAAAUGCUCCACUUUGGGAGAUAAAUGGUGUCGAGAAGCAAGCGUGUAGAGAGCUGCACAUCGCCUACCGAUAUGGAGAUCACUAUGACAGCGUGCGGCGCGUCGGAGACAACUCUGAGAGUCCUGCACAGCUACACAUUGAGACUCUGCAGAAUUCCCACAGCCAGCAGCGUGUGUUUGGAGACGGUCAGAGGGAAAGGCAAAAGAAACCCUUGCCGACAGUGUGUGAAGAGGAAAACGUGAUCUUGAGCUCCAUCAAGAAUCGGGGAAUCCAGGGUGAUGAGGAGAACCUGCUGCAGCUCAGUGCAGCAACAAUAAAUGCUGAAUGGCUCGCCGGGUCACCGCUUGGCCAGCUGUGCCAGGGCAAAUGCACAUCGGGAUCCUGUUCAACCUGCAGAGCCGAAGCCACAGACUGCAGUGAGCAUAACAAGCCAGGAGAGGGCAGCGACGUUCAAAAGCCAAAGCUUUCAAACAAGCAAAGAAAAGAGCAACAGCGGCUUGAAAAGAAGAAGCGCCAAGAGGAGAGGCAUCGGCAGAAGUUUCUCCAGAGUAAAGGAGGGCAAGACCAGAACCAGAACCUGCCAGACGCUGUGACUCUAGUACCAGCUCUCAACACUCUCAGUAUAUAGAACUGAGGCACGGUCCAAUCUUCCACACUGCAGCUUUUGCUACCAGUGGCUGUCUAGUUUUGCACACAGCUAAAAUCAGUGAUUCUAUCACAGGGAAUGUUUGUUUCUGAGUUGUUCUUUUUUUCUUAAAAAAACAAAACAAAAUUGUAGUUUCUCGGCGAGCAGUUAAAUGGUGCCUGCAAACCUGUGUGAGUGAGACACGUGAAAGUUAUUCAAAAGAACAUGAUGGAACGCGAGUAUCAGUGUUUUCUGCUGGCUUGCGAUUGAAGUUCAGUUCUCGUUCUUGUUUGUAGAUCCUGCUCAGAUCUGAUCUACCUUCCACUCUGCCUCUUUCCUUUUCUUAUCCUGGAAAUCUGUCUUUCAAUGAUGACCAUGCAGAUAAUGUGCUUUCAUUUAUCUUAAACUGAGUUGACAUUAAUUUAGGUCAUUCUGUUUGUAAUCACACAGGGGAGGGAGGUGUUGUAAUGUAAGGAAUGUGCCAAUACUUGUUAAUAAAUGACAAAUUUACUGA